CACUGAUCGCUGGACAGAUUACUGAAUCCUGAUACACGGCAGUGCGCGGAUGGGUGACAAGAGGCCUUGGCCGCGGGUGUUAAGACAGCUUCCCGGCGUGAAGAGGCCCAGGGGGGCAGAUGAGACUGAAACCGUGACGAGCCAACACCGAGCGGAGAAGAUCACUGUCGACGUGGACGCCGACCUGCUGCAGUGCUGUGUUUGUGCUGGUCCAUUGACCGCGCCCCUUUUCCAGUGCACGAAAGGCCACAUCUCAUGUUCAGAGUGCUGCACGGACGGGGCCAUGGCCGACGAGUGCGAGUGCCUGAUGUGCCGUGAGCCGGAGACCGCCACCCGCUGCCGCGCCAUGGAGCGCGUCCUCGCCGGCGUGUCCGUGCCGUGCCCUUUCCGGCAGCACGGGUGCGCCGAGAUGAUCCCCUACGCGAGCAAGGAAGCCCACGAGGGGUCGUGCCGCUACGCCCCUUGCCACUGCCCCAUCCCCGACUGUGCUGGCUACGCCGGCAAGUCCCUGGUCGACCACGUCAUGGUGGACCACCCUGACGUGCACCGCACCCGCGUCAAGCCGGGCUUUCUCACGGCGCUGAGGAUGCGCUCGUCCGAGCAGGCCCGCUUGGUGUGUCUCGACAACUACGCGGAGCUCCUGCUCGUCGCCGGCAGGGACGUGCCGGGGGGCCGUUCGCUGUCCAUCGUGGGGCUCAUGGACGGGCUGUUUGAGGUUGAGGAUGAGCUCAAGUACAGGAUCGAGGUGGUUGGCAAGGACGGCGUGCUCGCACUGUCCGGUCCGACCAAGGGCGUCGAGCGGCUGGACAGGCCGUACGAAGCCAGCGCUUUCUUGUUCGUCCCGGACGCCAUCUGGUACUCCCAUCCGGAGGACAUCCCCGUGUUCAUCCACCUGAAAUGAAGUCCCUGGCGGUUUACCUAGUUUUCUCAAGAAAUUAGAUUAUUGUCAUUCGGAUCCGCAUCCAUUUUUUUGCAUUCUAGAAAUGGUUCAAGUUAACCUACCUUCUCCUA